AUGUGCGAAGCGGGAACAGGAGAGCUACAAUAUGCGAUACCCCGCGCCGCCCGCUCAGUCUGCCGCUGGCGAGUAAACAGGGUGAACGUUACUGCAUUUUGGCGCGAAAUGGCUUCCUCACAGCGCAAUCGUGCGAUCUCUAUGCGCGAGAUUGCUGAUUUUUUACAGGAUGAUGAUGACUCUGAUAUUGAGGAGGCUCAGAAUGAAGAAAUUGAAGACUUGUUGUCUGACCUGCAAGUGGUUGUGGCCAGUCAAGAAAGGCACGAUGAUGGUGCAGUUGAGGAGGAGGAGCAAUUUCGUGAACCGGUCAACCAGCGAGGGCGUACUGGGGAGCGUACACAGAGAAGGUUUCGGCGCGGGCGUCAGCGCGGCGGCACAGUGCGCUCAACUACACACGGGCGAUCUUCACAAAUGCAGAUUACUCUAAGAGAAAUGGACGAGGCCAAUGGAUGGACGUAUGUGCCAAGAGAACGUCCAUUAGAAGACCCUGUCUUCGAAGAAGUAUGUCGUGUCUUAGCCCCCAUAGAUAAGAAUUCAUCAGAAAUCGACUGCUUUUCAGUCUUUUUCACAAACGAUUUUUGGAAGCUCCUGAAAACUGAAACGAAUCGAUAUGCCGCGCAGAUGAAGACCAAGCUGGCUAGACGAGGACUGCUAAAACCAGGGAGUAUGCUCGAUAAGUGGACACCCGUUACGUUGGAAGAGCUGAAACUUUUUUUCUCCAUAAUAAUUCAUAUGUCGCUAGUGCAUAAAGAAAGCUUUGACGCGUACUGGUCCACAAGAGAAAUUAUACACACCCCAUAUGCGGCCAAACUGAUGAAUAGAGAUCGUUUCAGGGCUAUUUACAGUUGUCUACACCUGAACGACAAUUCUAAAUACAUACCUCGGGGUCAAGAUAACUACGACGCCUUUUUCAAGCUACGGCCAUACUUUGACGAGCUCUGUCGGCUGUGUGCUACCAGUUUUUAUCCUGGGGAAUCCUUGACGAUUGACGAAGGGACGUGUGGCUUUAGAGGCAGAGUACACUUCCGAGUUUUCAAUAAAGAUAAACCCGACAAAUACGGAAUGAAAAUUUAUAUGUUAUGUGACGCAGCGACGGGGUAUAUUUUGAACAUGGUUCCAUAUGUCGGUGAAUCCAAAACGGUUGAGCAAAUAGUCACAGAACUAAGUGAACCGUACUUUGAAAAAUGGCACACGAUAUAUAUGGAUCGAUUUUUCUCCAGCCCAACGGUUGCAGACUUACUCUGGCUGAAAAAUACUCGUGUUGUCGGCACUGUGAUGCCGAACCGGCGUGGCUUGCCCCAAGAAUGGCGACAACAGCUCUUGGAGGUGAAUGAAAUGUCUUUCUGUCACCGUGGGAAUCUCACCGCCUGUAAGUGGAAAGACAAGCGGGACGUCCCCUUCCUGACGACCAAACACGCCGCAACCUGGACAGAGGUGACUGUAAAAGCUAAAGGAGGUCUGGCAAAAAAAAUAAAACCGGACUGCGUCUUAGACUACAAUAAAAAUAAAAUCGGUGUAGACCUGAACGACCAAUACGUGUCUUAUUAUGCCCUGCAAAGGAAAUGUAUGAAGUGGUGGAAAAAAAUGUUUUUCCAUUUAGUAGCAAGGGCCAUGGUGAACUCCAUGGUAAUUUACAACAAACAGCAGCCUGCACGCCGCCAAUUGCGGUUUUCCCAAUUUUUGAUGGCUUGUGGUGAAGGCAUUGUGCCAGCUAGGUCUACUGAUGAUGCAGGUCCAUCUCAUGGAGCUCACCUGAUCGCCAAGACUUCGAGAUUAGUGGGAAGACACUUCAUUGAAAGAAUUCCAAGUACAGAAAAGAAGACAAAAGUGACGAGAGUGUGUAAAGUUUGUGCCGACACUAUCAAACACGAAACUGGAAAAAGAGGACGCAAGGAGACUGUUUUUUACUGCCCGGACUGUAAUGUGCCACUGUGCAAUGACCCGUGUUUUAAAAAAUAUCACACGGUAAAGAAUUACCAUCUAUAA